GGAAAUUGUCUCUAUGUUUUUCUAGCCAUAGAUAAAAAACUUAUUGAAAUAUUGGCGAUUUGAAGGGUUGGUUGUUGCAUCAUCGCUUAAGACAAAAUGACUGAGAAAUUGGUUCCCGUUGUAAAAGCCGAGGAAGAAGAGGAGGAAGAAUUAGUGGAUCCUCAGCAGCAGCUCAGGGAUGUCUGCUCGCAAAAACCAGAUGCCCAGAACCUUUGGGCAAAGUACCAAGAGUGUAAUGACAGAGUUAAUUCCCGAUCAAAGACAACAGAGACAUGCGAAGAAGAGCUGAUUGACUACAUUCAUGUACUCGAUAAGUGCGUCAACAAAGACCUCUUCAAAAGGCUUAAGUAAUUUAUUGUUAGAUGUACCGUGUUGCCCAAAAAUAUAUUUAUUAUUUAACACCUUGCAAAUUAUGUUGGCAGUAGAUUCCUGUUUUUUUUUAAUGUUUAUUAGAUCAAUUUAAAUGUAGCAUUUUUCUGUAAAUAAAUCUAUUAAUUUUA